AUGCGACGUGAAGGAUCUACAAAUCUUUUGCCUGUUAAUCCUGAAAUUGAAAGAUCCUGCAGACAAAACAGAAGGAAUAAGAGGUUAGAAGCAUCAAUGGCUGCCAACCAAAGAGACGGGGUUAACAACAAUGAUGGUCAAAAUCACAUCGCUCAGGACCAAAAUGUGCGAGCAUUAAGAGAUUAUGUGCUCCCUGCUGUCACAGGAGUGCACUCGUGCAUUAGGCUGCCAACUGUUACUGCCAAUAACUUUGAAAUUAAGUCGGCGAUGAUACAAAUGGUCCAGACUUCUGUCCAGUUUGGUGGUCUCCCCAAUGAGGAUCCUAACUUGCACAUAGUGAACUUCCUUGAGCUAUGUGCAACGUUCAAGUUUAAUGGGGUGAGCGAUGAUGCAAUAAGGUUGAGAUUGUUCCCUUUUUCACUAAGGGAUAGGGCAAAAAGUUGGCUUAUUUCUCUACAGGCCAACUCAAUCAAUACAUGGGAGGAACUAGCUCAGAAGUUUCUCUCCAAGUUCUUUCCUCCUGCAAAAGCUGCCAAGUUGAGGGGAGAAAUCAAUAACUUCUAUCAGAAUGAGGGAGAGUCAUUGUAUGAUGCUUGGGAAAGAUUCAAAGACCUACUCAGGAAAUGCCCUAAUCACGAUAUAGAGAAGUGGAUGUUAGUCCACAAUUUUUAUAAUGGGCUUUGUGGUACUACUCGCACUAUAAUAGAAGCAGCAGCAGGUGGUGCUUUCAUGAGUAAAGGUGCUGAUGAGGUAUAUGAAUUGUUAGAGGAGAUGGCUAUGAACAAUUAUCAGUGGCCUGCCAAACAAGACACCUCACAGAGAAAAGUAGCUGGGGUACAUGAAUUAGAUGCUAUCACUGCUUUAAAUGCUCAGGUUGCUUCAUUGACAAAGCAGUUGCAACAAAACAAGAUCUCAGCUCAAGCCCAGGCUAUACAGAUGCAAGCAGGGUGUGAAAUAUGUGGAGGGCCUCAUUUGUAUGAACAGUGUACAGCAGCCAACAUGUAUGGUAAUAUGCCAGUUGAUCAGGCUCAGGUACAGGCAGUUGGUAAUUUUCAGAGGCCUUAUCAAAACCCGUUCUCCAACACUUACAAUCCUAGGUGGAGAAAUCACCCAAAUUUCUCAUGGAGAAACAAUCAGGGCCAACAGUCACAGUUUCAAGGGCCAUACAAAUGUCACAACAGCCUAUGA